GGUAAAGGCUAUUCACCCAGGAUUCUCGAUUGUGGAAUACUGAAUACACAGCCAUCUUGGAUCUAGCUACGAGGAGAAGGGAAAUUAAUGCGGUGAGGUUUUUUCAGUAUUUUUCCCUCAAAUAUAAACCCGUUUGGUCCGACUCAAAUCGUCACAUCACAACACAUUCAUCUUUGUAGUCCUUGUCAUUCGGUUUGGUGUGUUUUGGACGGGGUGGGCAGAUUUUAAUUCGAAAGGUGUUCUGCGCUCUGUUUUUGUCUGUGGCUCCUAGCGUAAAUUGAGACCGAGAGGUACUGGGAACUGGAUAGGAGACAAAACAGGCCCAACCUGCACGUCGCUACCUAUAGGCAAGCAGACUGCCUGACAAGGGUUGUUGAAUUGGAGGGAUUUAGCUAGCUAGUUUAGUGAUGCUUGUUGUUGAACCGGCUGUGAAUUUGGAACAAACUGUUAUUAUAACUAAUCAGACUCGCGCUGUAUUGUUAGUUAACGUUAGCCACAACAUGCUUUACGGAAAGUUUGGUGUAGAGAAUAAUAACUGAACCUUAUAGUGGCACCUGAGCAGAAGCUUGUUGAAUUGUUCUUAGGCAACGCUGCAGUGAUGCACUGUAUGUUGACCAAUGCAUAAUCACACACCAGCAUGAUAUCAGUGAUUGGAAAAUCAACAACAGUAUAAAGGCGAUUGUAAAUGUGUUUUGUAAGGCACACUGUAUACACCCGUACUUGACUUGGGCAGGAGCUGAGUAGCACCUCAUAUUUUCUACUGCUUGAGCUCCUGUUCCUCUUAUACGGUAGUAUAAUAGCUCAAAACUAUUGUGGAGCUCCUGCACCUAAAUAUAAACAGUGCAGGCACCCAAAAUGAGUACUGGAACCUAUUUAAUUCCAAGUCAAGCACUGGUAUGCACACAUUGCGCAAGGUGUGGGCGUGUUGUCUGGUAGUGAGAUGUGAUGUGGGACCAGUUUAAACUGAAAGUGUAGUAGACCAUAGUCAUAGGACUAACACUACUGCGUGGUUUUGUGUUUCACUCCUGUCCUGUCCAUGAUCGUUUUUUAAAUCUGAUAUGAACAGUGUUGUGAACCAUGCUGGUCCACAGUCUCAAUUUCUAUGGACUGUUGAGGAAUUGAGAUAUGAAAACCUGUUCCUUCAUCCCACUCUCUGCAGGUGACAAACGGCAUGUUCAGUGCUACGAGAAAGAAGUUUGUAGAGGGGGUGGAAAGCGACUACCCUGAUGAGAACAUGUACUACAGCCAGCCGUCCAUGUACCCACAUCGGUCGGACAAAGACGUAAGUGCUCUGUCUGCUCGAUCGCACAUCCCUGCUACAGCUCCCUUUGAACUUGAAGUAAGUAAAUAGUUUUCCAAAUCUUUCUAUAAUGUAAAUCUGUUUAUGGUUAUUUUUCAUAUUUAGGGAGAUUUAGGCUACUUCAUCAUCCUAUAUGCCCAUAACUUUGCCUUAGCAUUGAUGUUGUUAUUAUUAUCCUUUAAAUUGAAUAGCCCAAUUACUUUGUAAUUACAGUGUAACGUGAUUUGUAAAGAAUGAUAUACGAACUGCCCUAAUGUGCAAUUAUGUGUUAUUGAUAAAGGUGUUGUCAUCUGUUGGUAUUCUUGUUUCCAGUCCUUCCCUCUCUCUUUAUGUGGUUUAUCUCUCGUUCUCCUCCAGAUGCUCUCGUCUCCCUCACCGUCGUCAUCAGGUCAACUGUCCCAGCUUGGGGCCAGUUUAUAUGGCCCACAGAGUAAGCUGGCUGCAUCUGUUCAAUUUCAUUUCUGUCCGUGGUUUUCAGGGUCUUUCCUACUAAGGCUGUAAUACAUUUAGGUCUGUAACAAUUUUAUAGUCAAGUCAUACCUGGAGCUAUUUGAUCUACUAGAAUAAUUACCCUAUAAAUGUAUCCGAUAAAUAUACCCAAUUCAAAACAGACUUCAACACUUUUCCCUUAGACACUUCUUGUUUAUCUCGAAAGAUUGCUAUGAGAAAUAUCCAAUCUUUUGGUCACUUUGGAAUUUGAUAAGAGUUCCAUGUUGACUGUUUCUAUUUCUCCUGUUGCAGGUGCACUAGGCUUCUCAAUAAGGGGCAUGGGCAACAACACGCCUCAGUUAAACCGCAGCUUAACGCAAGGCACUCCGCUACCGAGCCAUAUCACCCCCACCACUGGGGUACCCACCAUGUCCCUCCAUACCCCACCCUCGCCAAGCAGGUGUGUGUAAGGUGGAGAUGCUGGAGAGAGAGAUAUUCUGGAGACAGAGAGACCACAUAAGCCAAUGUGUUGAAAUGCCAUGGAAUCAUUAUUCUGCUGUUUAGUUAGUUAGUUAGACAGUCAGUUCAGUUCAGUAGUUCCAGAGCAGGACAGGACAUUAUUAGUAAAAUAAUCACCUGGCUUCAUAUCAACCCAUUCUGUUCACCCAUUAGUCUAACUCUAACACGUGAUGUCUCCUCCACAGGGGGAUCCUGCCGAUGAACUCGAGGAACCUGCUGAAUCACUCCCAGGUGGGCCAGGGCAUCGGGAUGGGCAGUGGCAGGACCAACAGCAUGGGCAGCCCCAACCGCAGCCCCCCCAGCAUCAUCUGUAUGCCCAAACAGCAGCCUGCACGGCAGCCCUUCACCAUCAACAGGUACACAGUCUGGCUGGCCAUACAACUGAAACAUCUGCUGUUCUCAACUCUCUGUAUAAAAGUCUAACUCAUCAAUAGUUUUUUUGUGAUGAUUGAAAAUAGAUAUAAAGGUGAUCCAGUUGGAGGCUAAAGUUGUCCUCUGUAUUUCUGUAGCAUGUCGGGAUUUGGGAUGAACCGGAACCAGGCGUUUGGGAUGAACAACUCGUUAUCAAGCAACAUCUUCAAUGGCACAGGUUAGUAGUGUGUCUCUUCAAAAUAACCAACUAUCUGAUGUUUUUAUAACAUCCACUUACCUAUCCAUUCACACACACUAUAAGACACUGUCAGCAUGAAGAGUAACACCAUUUUACCCAUAUGGCUUUCUUACAAGUCUUUAACCUACCCCUCACAGACGGCAGUGAAAACGUGACGGGGCUAGACCUGUCUGACUUCCCUGCGUUAGCAGACAGGAGUCGGAGGGAAGGAAGCGGAAACCCAACGCCGCUACUUAACCCACUAGCUGGAAGGGCCCCCUAUGGUAAGAACUUUUAAUAGUGCACCAGUAAGGGUUUAUAAUAGUGGACUAGACUAGGAGGGUUACCCAUUGUAAGGGCUCAGUGUAGUGCACUAGAAAGAAGGGCUCCCUGUAAGAAGGACUCAUUGUAAUGCACUAGGCUUGGAUGCUAAGGGCACUUGGCAGUGCACAUGUAAAAGCAUCACUGACUCAUCAAAUUACUGUGGGCCAGUCAGUACUGCUAGACAUAUUCUCAAUGUAAAUACUCAGCCCACUUCAGUCUCUUUUCAAAUAUAAACUGUGGCGAGUUGUGAUGAAAAAGGGAAAGGCCUUCUCCAAUGGUGUGUGUGUAUAUAACCCAAGGCUAAACUUCUUUCUCAUUGUGGUGAUUUAUUUAAGAAGCCUCUUCUCUUCAUCUCAUGACCUCAUCAGUUGGCAUGGUGACGAAGCCAUCGAACGAGCCGACGCAGGAUUUCUCCAUCCACAACGAGGACUUCCCUGCACUGCCUGGUCCCAACUACAAGGACCCCACGUUGAGCAACGACGACAGCAAAACUGUGAGUCAAACAGACAGACAGGCUGCCUUUAGCCUGGUUGUCAGUCUGUUUUCCUUGGUCGUUGUCAUGCCAAACAUGGAUAAAGCUGAAACGGACAGGCAACUAGACAAGGCCUCCUUAUGUUGAGCAACAACAGCUACUGCAUAUUCAAGUCUUUCACCAUAGAAUUAGUAGAGUGGACAUCCUAUAUUCAACGCAAUGUUCCAUGAUGGCAUGUGGCUUAUAGAUGUAAUAAAAAUAAGAUGAUUAUUAAUUCAUUUGUUUUUUUGCUUUGUGCAGAACCUAAACUCUACAGGCAAGAGCACGUCCACUGGAGACGGGCCUAAGUUCCCCGGAGACAAGACGAGCUCAGCACAGAACAACAGCCAGAAGAAAGGGAUCCAGGUGUUACCUGACGGUGAGCCCUCUCAACCAAUCACACCUCUCUGUCUCAACCUGGGUACCUCAGUGGGUUUUGACAUGGUUCCUGCAUGACCGUUGGCCAAUGGUAUGGUCCACAUUUGCGUUAGCUGGACAGAAAGCUCUACUUGGUUAUUUUUUUCCCUCACUGUGGAUUUUCCCACCUCUGUAGGGCGGGUGACGAACAUUCCCGGGGGAAUGGUGACGGACCAGUUUGGGAUGAUUGGCUUGCUGACGUUUAUCCGAGCAGCGGAGACGGAUCCGGGCAUGGUGCAUUUGGCACUGGGGAGUGACCUCACAACGCUGGGACUCAACCUCAACUCUCCAGAGUAAGACGGUUGCUCUGUCUGAACAUUAGGUUGGAGGGCUACAGAAGUCAAAAUCAGUGUUUUGUCAGAUGUUUUUAUUCAUCUAAAGUAAUUUUUUUAUUCAUCUUAAGUUAAGUCUAUGUUGAGAGUAACAUCUCCCCACCUCUCCUGACAGAAACCUGUACCCCAAGUUUGCUUCCCCCUGGGCAUCGGCACCGUGUCGACCUCAAGACAUUGGUAAGACAUUACACUGACCGUACACGCACACAAACCGCACUGAGCCUGUUGGUGAUCUGGUGCCUCCUCUCUUUCAGACUUCCACGUCCCGUCUGAGUACUUAACCAACAUCCACAUAAGGGACAAGGUAGGUGAUGAAUCAGUAAUCCCCUUUCAAGUGGUAUUGAACCUCCCGAGUGGCGCAGUGGUCUAAGGCACUGCAUUGCAGUGCUAGCUGUGCCACUAGAGAUCCUGGUUCGAAUCCAGGCUCUGUUGUAGCCGGCCGCGACCGGGAGACCCAUGGAGCGGCGCACAAUUGGCCCAGCGUCGUCCAGGGUAGGGGAGGGAAUGGCCGGCAGGGAUGUAGCUCAGUUGGUAGAGCAUGGCGUUUGCAAUGCCAGGGUUGUGGGUUCGAUUCCCACGGGGGGUAUGAAAAAAAAAAAAUAAUAAUGUAUGCACUCACUAACUGUAAGUCGCUCUGGAUAAGAGCGUCUCUGCUAAAUGACUAAAAUGUAAAAUGUAAAUGUAAGAAAGUGCAAUGUCAUAAUUGGAUAAACAAAUGAUUGUGUUGAUAAAGAUAUCUCUCCUCCUCUUCCUCAGCUGGCAGCUAUUAAACUGGCGCGGUACGGUGAAGACCUGCUGUUCUAUCUGUACUACAUGAACGGAGGAGACCUGCUACAGCUCCUGGCAGCGGUAGAGCUGUAAGUGCUGUAGGAUCACUACAGAAGGCACUUUCACUUAGGCACUCUCUAGAGAGGUGUCUUUGAACAUGGAUCAUAUCUAAAUAAGACUAAUAAGAUUUAAUUAGCACACCUUAACUUCCCAGGAUCACCUUUUUGGUUUCUUUCAGUAGUUGUCCAUAGUUUCUAUAUGUUGUUAUCUUUACUGACUCACUGUGCGUUAAUGGCAUCUCUCUCUCUCUCCUGGCUGUGUCUGGUGUUGGUGCAGGUUUAACCGGGACUGGCGGUACCACAAGGAGGAGCGGGUGUGGAUCACGCGGGCGCCGGGCAUGGAGCCCACACUAAAGACCAACACCUACGAGAGGGGGACCUACUACUUCUUUGAUUGUCUUAACUGGAGGAAGGUAGCCAAGGUAAAGGUAUUGGCUUUAGUAUCUGCUACCCUCAAUCAAUACAGUUAACAUGAAGAGAAAGUGCUGUGUGUGCUAUUUAGAUUUACGUGUUUGGCUUGAGUUGUGAAUCUCCUUUGAUGGAGUUACGUGGAAGUAUUUUUUUAGGAACUUGUACGUGUUUAACGUUGGUUCAAGAUAGUCCUUCUGUAUCUCUCUGUUACUGGUGAUGUCUGUCACACUGAGUUAUCAGCUCUUGAUAUUGAUGAUCAGUAGCCUCACUCAGGCAAUAUAAACUCAACAGGGAUCUUCCGUCUCCAUUGCUGAUUAUAUUUUCUCUAUCCCUCCAGGAGUUCCACCUGGAGUACGAAAAGCUAGAAGAGAGGCCACACGUCCCGUCUACCUUCAACUACAACCCAGCUCAGCAGGCAUUCUGAGGCCCAGCCCAGUACAGUCCCAGGGGGACCGGUGUCUCUGCAUGCCUUCCUCCCUGCCUGAGGAGGAGGGUGCGCUGCAGCCCAGGCAUCCAUCCUGGUUUUUAUUCCUUGAGGAUCUGGCUAAAAUGACUUCAGAGGAGGCGCUCACCACCGCGUAAGGGUGGGGAAAACUGAGCCCUGCCUUUCCCAAAUGAUGUGCUGCCCAAACACCUCCACUUGUUCUGUUUUUAUUCCUUUAGUUUCCUAAUUUUGGUUUUGUUUUUGAGCAGGGUCUGUGUUUUGUUUACGUCUCUGAAUCAGAAGCCUGUUUGGUCCAAGGUAGGAAAACUGACGAUACCGACACACUUUACAGUGACAGAACAAGAGUUAUGCCUCAUUCCCCC